GCGGCCAUAUCAUGCUUUCAUGUCGGGAAUAGCCAAAACGCCAGUUUUGACCGAGGAGGGAGGAAAUAAUCAGUGUAAAAAACGUUCUUGUUCAGGCAGCGAACAGUGUAAUAAAAGAGUAAAAUCUGAAGAAAUGAGUGCCAACGAGAAGAAAUCUAACUUUUCGUUAGUGGCUCCGAAUUCUAAUGGGACUAUAAAGAUGAAUUCUUCGUCGAUGAAUAAACCGGGAGCGACUACAAAGAAGCUUGUGAUAAAGAAUUUCAAAAGUAAACCGAAUUUGCCGGAAAACUACCAGGAAACGACAUGGAGCAAGCUGCGAGAGGCUGUUAUCGCCAUACAAACAUCGAAGGCCAUCGCGUAUUCUCUGGAAGAGCUUUACCAAGCCGUAGAAAACAUGUGCAGCCACAAGAUGGCAUCUCAACUCUACGUGAACUUAACAAACCUAGUAGAAGCUCAUGUGAAAGCCAAUAUAGAACAGUUCCUGUCCGAAUCAAUGGAUCGUCAAGUGUUUCUUAAACGAAUGGACGACUGCUGGCGAGCACACUGCCGGCAGAUGAUCAUGAUUCGGAGCAUUUUUCUCUACCUCGACCGCACUUAUGUUCUACAGAAUCCUAGCAUACAUUCGAUAUGGGACAUGGGUCUAGACCUAUUCCGGCAUCACAUAGCGAUGAAUACGCUAAUCCAAACACGGACCGUUGAUGGGUUGCUGCUUCUGAUCGAACGGGAGCGCGGAGGUGAUGCCGUUGAUAUAUCGCUUUUGAAGAGUUUGCUGCGAAUGCUCUCGGAUUUGCAAAUCUAUCAGGAAGCUUUUGAACACAAGUUCUUGCAAGCAACGGAGCGGCUGUACGCGGCCGAGGGUCAGCGGCUGAUGCGAGAGCUGGCCGUGCCGCAGUACCUGGCUCAUGUCGAGAAGAGGCUGCGUGAAGAGAACGAACGGCUGCUACACUACCUCGACCCAUCCACCAAAUGGCAAUUAAUCCAUACGGUGGAACGCCAGCUCCUUAGCGAGCACCUAACAGGCAUCCUGAGCAAAGGCCUGGAGGCGCUCAUGGACGGGCCGCGGCUGGCAGACCUCACCACUCUCUACAGCCUCUUCAGCCGCGUCAAAGACGGCCUUAGCGAAUUGUGUAACCAUUUCAAUGCUUAUAUUAAGAAAAAAGGUCGCACGAUAGUAAUAGAGCCGGAGCGUGACAAGACAAUGGUAGCGGAACUUCUGGAUUUCAAAGAACAGCUGGACAACGUAGUGACCAGCUGCUUCCAGCGGAACGACAAGUUCCUCUACUCCAUGCGAGAAGCCUUCGAGCAUUUCAUCAACCAACGCCAGAAUAAACCUGCCGAGCUAAUCGCAAAAUUCGUCGAUCUAAAACUACGAGCUGGCAACAAAGAGGCAACGGAAGAGGAACUAGAACGUCUACUAGAUAAAAUAAUGGUGUUAUUCCGCUUCAUACACGGCAAGGACGUCUUCGAGGCGUUCUACAAGAAAGACUUGGCCAAACGAUUGUUGGUCGGCAAGUCCGCGAGUGUAGACGCAGAGAAAUCGAUGCUCAGUAAACUAAAACAGGAGUGUGGAGGCGGCUUCACCUGCAAACUCGAAGGCAUGUUCAAAGACAUGGAAUUGUCUAAGGAUAUCAAUAUUACUUAUAAACAACACUUAGCAGCAACACAAGAAGGCGCAAGCCUGGAACUGUCUGUGUACAUCCUGACAAUGGGCUUUUGGCCUACGUACCCACCGGUCGAAGUUCGUCUGCCAGCAGAGCUCACGCGCCACCAGGAGCACUUCAGCAAGUUCUACUUGGCAAAGCACUCCGGCCGCAAGCUCCAGUGGCAGGCCACACUGGGCCACUGUGUUCUUAGGGCUCACUUCACACAGGGUAACAAAGAAUUACAGGUAUCUCUAUUUCAAGCACUGGUCCUAUUGCUAUUCAACGACGGGGAUAAUCUCUCUUUCGAGGACAUAAAAAAUGCUACUAAUAUUGAGGAUGGCGAGCUGCGUCGAACACUGCAGUCGCUGGCUUGCGGCAAGGCUCGCGUCUUGACGAAGACACCGCGCGGCCGCGAGGUGGACGACUCUGACUCCUUCGCCUUCAACGCGGACUUCAUUAACAAGCUCUUCCGCAUCAAGAUCAACCAGAUCCAGAUGAAGGAGACGAGCGAGGAGCAGAAGGCGACCGAAGAGCGCGUGUUCCAAGACCGACAGUACCAGAUCGACGCGGCCAUUGUCCGUGUAAUGAAAAUGCGCAAGGCGCUGUCCCACAACCUACUCAUCUCUGAACUCUACAACCAGCUCAAAUUCCCCGUCAAGCCCGCUGACCUCAAGAAGCGUAUAGAGUCCCUCAUCGACCGCGACUACAUGGAGCGCGACAAGGACAACCCGAACCAAUACAACUACGUCGCGUAGUCACUUCCUUAUCGAUAUUCAAUACCACACCUGGUUACGUCACUUUGCUGGGUUUUUAGUGGGAUUAUUUUGAGAGAGACGAGAGAUACCUGAGAGAAAGAGACGGCGAUAUUUCUUAAUAUAACAUUUGGACUCCCAAGUCGGAGAAGGGAUUGUUUUGACAUUUUUUUUAUUGCAAUAAUUAUAACGAUAAAGGAUUACUUAUCCCACGAAUCUGACCCCUAACAGAAACCGAAACCCAUUCCUGAAUUUCACACAUUAAAACAUAGAGAAAUGGAUUGAUUGAAGUGCAGAUUCACUUUAAAGUUUCAUGGUUAGUGCACUGGUGUUCCUUUAUCUCAGUUUCAAUCUCAGAAAAACUCUUAUUAAAAACAUCACCCUUUUAACAGCAAAGUCGCGCAAGCAGGCUAAAUCCUAGCCAAUACUUUACAUUGUUUCUUUGUCCUAACAUGUAAUUCACUUUGUCAAUUUUAUAUUGUUUCAUUUCAUAGCUAGAAUGUGAAGUAGAGCUUAUUUCAAACAAGUUUGCAAAUCGUAAAACUAUACAAAUAAUUUUUAUCUAUGGAUAUUAGAUAAUAUGAUAGUAUCCAACUCAGAUGGAGAUAAAAAUCAGCCGUUCCAUGCAAAAUCAAUAAUUAAACGAAAUAUAUGGAACACAAGAGC